AGGCCUAAACAACCCUAAUUCACAUCGCCUCCAUUUUCCCAUCUCCUCUUUAAAAACUCACACCAAAACUUGAAACCCUCAAAACCCUAACCGGCGCACUCUAGGAGAGAGAAACUGCAAAUCAUCCGCCGCAACAACUUCACUCAACACCAACCAUGGGUAAGGUGCACGGAUCUUUGGCACGUGCCGGUAAGGUCAGAGGUCAAACUCCCAAAGUUGCUUCACAAGAUAAGAAGAAGAAGCCACGUGGACGCGCUCACAAGCGUAUGCAAUACAAUCGUCGUUUCGUUACCGCCGUUGUUGGAUUCGGCAAGAAGAGGGGACCAAACUCAUCAGAGAAGUAAAAGACCCAAUAACAAAAUGUGAAGUUUUGCAGCAUCAGACUUAUUUUUAGGAUAUUGAAUCCCUCUUUCUUUCUAGUAUUGAUGGUUUCUCAAGUAAUGUACUUUGUGUAUACUUAAAUCACUAUUAUUUUUUGGUAUUCGUGGGCUUUCUUCAAUUCUGCUGUUGGAAGUUGGAACACUGUUUUCAUGUACUAUGAUAGUAGUAACAAUUUACUACGUGUCAAUAUUAGUAGUCUUUACCGUAACAA